AUGCCUGGGUUGUCAAAAUUGGUUGUGAUGAAACAUUUAAGCAAUCAGAUUAGUGAUCCAUCAAGGAGACUGCAGAAAUAGCAGCCAAAUCACAUUCAACUAUCGUUAAAAAAGAGAGGACAUGUUUGGAUAUUAUACUCCUAAAUAUACUAUACCUAAAUUUAAGAAAGCCGGGAUGAUCGCAGUCGGAACGCUUUUAAUCACAAGUAUACUAGAUCGUUGGGCAUGGUCCAUUUCCAAGGUCCCAUUGUCAAAAAUGAACUUGUUUUCCUUGGUUGAAAAAUGCACAUUUUUAUUUAUUUAAAUCAAGUAAUGAAAGGAUCUAAUAUCUGUCCAUAAUUUUUCAGUACCAUCUUUAGGAAAUGCAAAAUGCAUCAAACUCCAUUGAAUAUGAGACUAAUUGUAUGCGAAGAUGUAGUCCAUAAUUUUGAGGAAAAAGAUGUUUUUAAUAAUCACGCGUUAAGUUGACAGACAUUCCCUUAGCACAGUGUUUCCCAACCUAUUCCACCACCCCAGACCCCACUACAACGUUCCAGGAAAAUGUAUACCCCCACCGGUGGUUGAAAAAAAAAACUUAAUUUUGAUACUUUAUCACAAUUAUUUAAAUACUAGAGAAUCUACCGGUAACGCUUUUAAGUACUGAGUCCCCCAAAAAUGUACCUCAUUGACUAAUAUAAAAAAAAAAGUGAAUCCCUUUAAUGAGAACGGUCAAACUAAAGGGUUUGACUAUGGCAUCAGGCCCCACCGGUGGGGUAUAUGUCCCACGUUGGGAAUCACUGCUUUAGCAUUUAAACAGGUAAUAUCAGGCCCAAAUUUCUAUGUUUUAUGUUCAAAGUGAUUAGAUUCAGCCUCUCACACCUGUCCUGCGAUCUCGUUCUAAAAAUAAAGAAUCACAUCAUUGAAAUCUCGAAGUUAUGAGGUAAUGCAAGAUUAAUUCAACAAACCAAGAAUGAAUAAUCUGAAUGCUAAAGAAUUAAUAUAAUUUCAUUUUCUAGGAAAACAGUUUUUACAUUUUUGCAAAAGAAAACACUUUCAGCUCCACUUUUGACAAGAUUAUCUUAAUUACCACAUGAACAUAUAAUUAUGUCGGCACACCCUCAAAGAGUUUUACCCCAAAGCAAAGAAGCUCUGCUCAGAUCCUACAAUAAACGCCUGAAAGAUGACGUGAAAUCAAUGGUUGAUAACUUUCGAGAGAUUAUCAAACUAGCUCGGGUUUGUAGAAUUGUGGAAGACGAUACACAAAUCUCAAGGAUGACUCAAGCAGAACAAGAUCAAUAUGAGAUGCAAGUCCGUGCUUCAAAUAUUGUUCGUGCUGGAGAGUCCCUCAUGAAGCUCGUAUCAGAUCUCAAGCAGUUUCUCAUCUUAAACGACUUCCCAUCGGUGAAUGAUGUCAUUGGUCAGAACACAAAACUAUACAAACAGAAACAGAGCGAACUGGACACAAAGUUACUAACUUUACGAGAUGACAUGGCCACUGAACUUUAUGAACUUGAAGACGAAUAUUAUUCUUGUGUUUAUAAAUAGUUACAAUAAAACUUUUUUUCUAUUUCUUUUUUGUAUUUA